AUGUUAUUACUGUUGUGAUAUUAUUCGUUAUAUAAGCUUUAAUUACAUUUAUAAUAAAAUCAGAUGUGAUGGCGCCUCAGAAGUACACAGGUCAGGCUGUGAGCGCUGCUGUAAACGGUAAAAGUGCUGCUACAGUCUGUUCAUCUUCUGUUAAUAUGAAGAAACCCAGAAUGGAGCAAAUCCAAGCUGAUCAUGAGCUCUUCUUGCAGGCUUUCGAAAAGCCUACACAAAUAUACAGAUUCCUGCGCACGAGGAACCUAAUUGCGCCGAUUCUGCUGCAUAGAUGCCUGACAUUCAUGUCCCACAGAAACUCGAGAACAAACGCCAACAGGAAAACAUUUAAAGUGGACGACAUGUUGGCGAAAGUGGAGCGGAUGAAGGGGGAACAGGAGUCACACAGUUUUUCAUCACACCUGCAGCUGACAUUUACUGGUUUCUUUUCUAAAAAUGAUAAGCCAUGUCACAACUCAGAAAAUGAGCAAAAUUCUGUUUCUCUUGAGGUGCUUCUUGUGAAAGUCUGCCAUAAAAAGCGUAAGGAUGUCAGCUGCCCCAUAAAGCAAGUGCCUACUGGGAAAAAGCAGGUGCCUUUGAACCCGGAUGCGAGGCAGACCAAGCCAAUGUCCUUCCCCACACUGAUUGUGCCCAGCACGGAGUUUGAGCCUAGUAACAGCCACAUGGUAAAGUCUUACUCACUGCUGUUCAGAGUGUCUCGCCCAGGAAAAAGCCACUCCAGCUCCUUCAUCAAUGGAGAGACGGACGAGAAUGUUGAUGUAAAGGAAGAUGUGUCGAGCAGGAAGAAGAGGAGCACAUCUCACCGUGAUGAUGAUGGUCACUUUUCAGAGACAUUUGUGGCACAGAUGACCGUCUUUGACAAGAACAGGCGGCUGCAGCUCCUGGAUGGAGAGUAUGAAGUAUCUAUGCAGCAGAUAGAAGACUGUCCCAUUAGCAAGAAAAGGGCCACCUGGGAAACCAUACUGGAUGGAAAGAGGCUUCCACCAUUUGAAACAUUUUCUCAGGGACCGACUCUACAAUUCACUCUACGCUGGACUGGGGACCCCAACAGCACUUCUGUGGCCCCUGUGACUAAGCCACUGUCUACACGGAACUCGGACUGCAGUGGCCCUGAAAAUCGGCCUGCCACCCUCAGAUCCGCACAGGGGGCUUUGAAGGAAUCUCUGAACAGCAGUAGUAACAGCAGCAGUGGUGGAAGUGGUGGUGUUCAGACCAGGAGAGAGCAAACUGUCUCUGAACCCCGGCAGAAACUCCGCAUUUUCUACCAGUUUUUGUACAACAAUAACACACGGCAGCAGACAGAGGCUCGGGAUGACCUGCACUGUCCCUGGUGCACACUGAACUGCCAGAAACUCUACAGCCUUCUUAAACACCUCAAACUCUCACACAGCCGCUUCAUCUUCUACUAUGUGCCUCAUCCUAAAGGGGCAAGGAUAGACGUGUCUAUAAACGAGUGUUACGAUGGCUCCUAUGUAGGGAAUCCCCAGGAUAUUCACAGCCAGCCCGGAUUCGCCUUUAGCCGCAACGGCCCAGUCAAGAGAACAGCCGUCACACACAUCCUGGUCUGCAGGCCCAAGCGUGUUAAGCCCAGCUUGUCUGAGUUUCUGGAGUCAGAGGAUGGUGAGCUGGAGCAGCAGAGAUUGUACGUGAGCGGCCACAACCGGCUCUACUUCCAUAGUGACAGCUGCAUGCCACUGCGUCCUCAGGAGAUGGACUUGGACAGUGAAGACGAGAGGGACCCUGAGUGGCUGAAAGAGAAAACCGCCACGCAAAUUGAGGAGUUUACGGACGUGAAUGAAGGAGAGAAGGAGGUGAUGAAGCUGUGGAACCUCCAUGUGAUGAAAUCAGGGUUUAUAGCAGAUAACCAGAUGAACCAGGCCAUCAUGCUGUUUGUGGAGAACUGUGGUCCCCACAUCGCCCGUAGGAACCUGUGGCGCAACUUCCUGCUGCACCUGGUCAGCAUGCACGACUUUAACCUGGUCACUACUGCCACCAUCGACCGAGCGAUGACGAGGCUGAGGGAGAUCCAGGCUGAGAUGCCCAAACCACACGAAAGCACCUGCAACGGUCACGCCAUCUCCUCUGACUUCUCCCUGCACGGCAAACGCACCAAGAGUGCUGUCUCUGACUAAAUAACCAGAGUGUCAAGAGCUCCAAAAUCAGACUCGACUCCGCUCUGGUUCUUCUCACUCUUCAGAAACCUUGGUAGCUGCAAGCUCGAGAGUUCAGGUUCUAGAGCAAAGGUUACAGACUUCUCAGCCAGCCAAGAUUUCUCAGCCACAAAAUGAUCUUGAAAAAUGGUAUGAAUGCGGAAUGAGGAAAGGUGUCUUAUUAUUUUAGGAAGCAUAGAAACGGUUCUUGCAUUUCUAUCACCUACAGCAAUCUCUGUAGGUUUCUCUGGAAGUUUAGGUUUUAGAAUUAGUUGUUAUUCUGGAUAGGAGCACAGCUCUGCUGUUUUACGUUUCAUUAAGUUUUAUUUCAACACAGAAUAAUUUAGUUUCCAGCAAGCUUGUUAAGUUUUGCUGCUGCUGUUAAAAAUAUUGCCACAGGGUGCUCAGGUGGCACAGCAGCCUAGUGCUAGCUCACUGCCACUUACAAGUGAGUCUCAGUAGUGCUACUGACCUGGCUGGGCGUCCAGCAAGCACAGUUGGUCGGGCCUGACAGAGGGAAAGUCGACAAGGUUCCUCAGUGCAGCUGUAAAUGUGAUCUGGAUCUCUAUAAAACACAGGUCUGCUGAAAAGACUCCAUACGUGUCUGAGGGGGCACUGCGGCUAUUAGAACCAACCCCCUCCCCCACCCAGACAUUUAGACUGUUGUAGUGUUACUGGAACUGUUUUUAGUUGCCUGGCCUGGAAUUUGUUUAUGCCAGAACGUUCAGUGUUAAGGAUGUCUUUGGUCUUUUCCAGCACACAGCCUGGUUUUCAUUUUCAGAUGUCAGUAAAUCUAGAGCAAAAGAAGUUUGUGGAUUGGUGGAUUUUAAAGAUAAGGCAAGGGUCAGAAACCAAUUUUGUUUGUUUUCUAGACUUCUAUAAAUAUUUAGAUCUAGUUGGUCAAAUUAAAAGUUGCAUGAUUUACAGCCAUUAGAAUGCAUUUAUAAUUGUGAUUCUGGAAAACUGUUUUCAGAUUUCACUAAACUUUUGGAAUUAGUUAGAAAAUGAUUUUCUAUGGUGUGUUCUUUGCUAUUUAGCUUUGAGGUUGCAUAAAGAUUUUUAGCUCUAGAAAAUACUGUUGUUUUCCCCCUAGAAUUUACAGAUGUUGGUGCUAUUGAAACCACUGGAGCUAACAUUUUUGGAAUAACUAUUUCUGGAACUACGUCACCUUGCUUGCCUGGCUGAGAACCUUGUAACUUUGGAUCUACGGUUCCGAUUUAAACCAGAGUUGAUUUUUAGACGAUUCCUGGCCUUUCUGAGAGUGACUUUUUAAAAAAGGACAUUUUAGACUCAAACAGCCACUAGUUUGAGAAACUGGUGCGUUUUAAUCUGACAUUUUGCUUUUUAAACCACAUUAUGAACGUUUGUGGUUUUUCUUGAUCAGGUUCCUUGUAUUUUCUUUUGCAGUCACUUCACUGUGCCCUCACAAGGAUGAUGAGAAAGCGCCUGUCUCGGUACAUUAGACCUUAUAUACCUGUUAAAUGGAAACCCUCCUGGUCUUAAGUAGUUGUGUACAAUUAUUCGUUUUACAGUUUAUUCGGAGCUCCGAUAAUCUGAUAGCUUUGCAAGGCCAGACGUGAUCUCUGUCCAAGUCUGGGGAAAGCCGAAAGUCUUUGGAAAAGUUGCUAUUAAACUGCACGCUGAUACUCAAACUCAAAUCUUCAGACUGAAUGUUUUAAAAAUAGGCUGUAGUAUAACUGUAGGUAUCCGUUCCUUUAGCAUCAUGUUUGCUGAAUAUAUUGUCUCAAAUGAGUGAUCAGCAAAGACUUUAAUGAUAGAAAAACGACUUCACACUUACCUAUGCUAGCUGGUUAUCUGUUAGUCAUGAGAGCCUACUGUGUUCCAAACUGCACCCUUAAGUACUACACAGUGUGUAACUACUAUUGCUCGUGUACUAAUUACACAUACUACGUUCGUAGGUAGAGUGUGGUUUGGAAUGCAGCCCAUAGUGACAACCCUUGUCAUUUGUUUUGUACUUUUUCAGCCACCUUUAAGCCAACAUGAUCAGCAACUUUCUCCAGCUUUUUUAAUCUUGUUGCAGAUAACAUCUGGCCCUGCUUGCCUUGAAGGUUAAUGGUUUCUUGGGUUCUACUAUGCAUCUGAUUUAACAAACAAUGGUUUACUGUUCGCUUUGAUUGUCUAUCAACAUUAAGUGUUCAUGAAUUUAUCAGGAUCACCAAUGGCUACAGAAUCCACGUGUUUUAUUUCUCCUUCGAGUGCAGCACUUUUUUCAUUGCUCUAUCAGCAUUAAUAGAUCAGCAAUAUAUAAAAGCCUUUUCCUCAGUCAUGCUUGUUUUCCCAGUAUUGCCUUUAAUACCGGUUAAAGGUGCACUUGGUUUAAAUGUCAACGGAUGGACGGACAGACGGACGGAAGGAGUCAAUAAGCCGCUUUGAUAAGCUUAUCCUGUAUAAAAUGCCAAAGUAAAUGAAUGAAAGUCCCCUCUGUUCCUUUUUAAUAUACAGUGUAUAUUUCAAACUGUUUACUUUAGAGAACUGAAUUACUGUAAACAUGGAAAUCUGAAAAAUUAAACAUGUUUUAAAUGGAAA